AUGUCUCGAUUCUCCCUACACGGCCGAACUGCCCUCGUCACCGGCGGUGCCCGCGGCUGCGGCCUCGCCUUUGCGCGCGGUCUCGCCCAAGCAGGUGCAAACGUAGCCAUCUUCGACCGGAUACCUCCUGAAGAAGGAUUUCUGUCGAUCGAGAGGGAGUAUGGUGUGCGGACUGCAUAUUACGAAGUCGACGUAUCCUCUCCCGACUCCCUCGCCACCGGCUUUAGCGCCUUCCAAACAGACUUCGACAACGCCCUAGACAUCUGCGUCCCCUGCGCAGGUAUCAACCGGCACCAGACGUUCCUCGAGUUCAACUACGCGGACCACCAGGAGCUGCUUGGGGUGAACGUGCUGGGACUGUUCCAUACGGCCCAGCUGGCAGCUCGGCAGAUGAUUGCCAAUGGCACA